UCUCUUCGAUUCAUCAAAAUUCUACGUCUCUACCGAGAGAGUGAGAGAAAGAAAGAAAGAAAUUAAUUAAAAGCAAAAUGCGUAUUUUUCGGCUAUCGCCCGGUGAUCUGUUCCUACCGUUUCCACUACCCCUCCUCCUGCUCCAGUUGGCCGUUUUAAGCCAUUGUCAGUACACAUAUGGGCCAGAGCAGAGCUGGCAUAUACAUUCUCAAAGUGCGCUUAGGAAUAAGGAAUUAUGGUUCCAUGAUGCCCAACGUACACUUUACGAGAAGCUAUCAACGCCCCCAAAUCAAUAUUUGGCCAAGAAUGUUAUAUUCUUUCUGGGCGAUGGCAUGUCAGUGCCCACGGUAACAGCAAGUCGGAUAUAUGAUGGCCAACUGCGAGGCAUUGUGGGUGAACGAAAUCGCUUGGAAUUUGAGAAAUUUAAUCAUGUUGGUCUAUCAAAGACAUAUUGUGCCAACAAACAAGUCUCCGAUUCGGCAUGCACAGCUUCCGCCUAUUUAUCAGGGAUCAAGGCCAAUUAUUUGACCAUUGGUGUGACCGCUGAUGUUCAGUUGAAUGAUUGUGCUGGAGCAAGAUUACCACAGAAUCGUUUGUCAUCGAUAGCAGCUUGGGCAUUGCGUGGCCGUAAAUCAGCUGGUCUGGUGACCACAACACGAGUUACUCAUGCCAGUCCGGCUGGUGUGUAUGCUCAUACCUCAAAUCGGGAUUUCGAGAGUGAUUACGAUGUCCAUGAGUUGGGUCAGAAUCCAAGCAAUUGUCCGGAUAUAGCUCAGCAAUUGAUAGAGAGUGAUGUGGGCCAACGAUUGAGAGUAAUUCUCGGUGGUGGAACUAAAAAAUUCUUGCCCAAUACUACGACAGAUAUUUAUGGUAAUCAGGGUCAACGAUUGGAUGGACGAAAUUUAAUAAAUGAAUGGCAGUUGAGUAAGCCGGGAAAUGCCCGAGUAGUGUUCAAUCGCACGGAUUUGCUUAACAAUGAUCCGAGGACAACCGAUUAUCUGUUAGGUCUAUUCAAUGCAUCGCAUUUGGCAUAUCAUUUGGACGAUAGCAUAGAUACACCAACAUUGGCGGAAAUGACUGAAGCCGCUUUGGCAGUUCUUUCAAAGGAUAACAAUGGCUAUUUCCUUUUCGUGGAGGGCGGACGAAUCGAUCAUGCCCAUCAUGAGACCAAGGCUAAAAAGGCUUUAGACGAAACUGUUCAAUUUUCGGAUGCCAUACGCAAGGCACGUCAAAUGACCAAUCCAUGGGAAACAUUGAUUGUGGUUACUGCUGAUCAUGGACAUACGGUUACAAUUAGCGGCUAUCCUGAUGUGAAUAAUAACAUUACAGGACUAAAUUCCGAGCUGAGUGAUAUUGAUCAAUUGCCCUAUGCCACGCUCUCGUAUGCCAAUGGGCCAGACUAUCAGAAAUUCUAUACGACUAAUGAUAGUGUAGUGGAACGUGUGGAUUUGCGGACAUUGGAUAUUGGCGACAAGGAUGCUCGCUAUCCUCAUGGAGUGCCCAUGUCAGAGGAGACCCAUGGUGGCGGAGAUGUGGCUGUCUAUGCCCAUGGACCCUGGUCACAUUUGUUUACUGGUGUGUAUGAGCAAAGUUGCUUGCCAUCCUUAAUGGGUUUCGCCUCUUGCCUGGGACCAGGAAUAACCUAUUGUGAUCUGCAGCCCAAGGAAUUUUAUAAUCCCUAAGUUUUAGAUUUUAAGACAGUUUGUAAUUUGAAUAAAAAAAAUAGACACAUUUCAAA